GUUCAGCGAGUGAGAGCAGCAGCAGCAAUGACGACCAGUUUGAAGAAGAACCGAAAGAAGAGAGGCCACGUCAGCGCCGGCCACGGCCGUAUCGGGAAGCACCGCAAGCACCCCGGCGGCAGAGGAAACGCUGGAGGGAUGCACCACCACCGGAUCCUGUUCGACAAGUACCACCCGGGGUAUUUUGGUAAAGUUGGGAUGAGAUACUUCCACAAGCUUCGCAACAAGUUCUACUGCCCCAUCGUCAACGUCGACAAGCUCUGGUCCUUGGUGCCGCAGGAGGUCAAGGACAAGGCCUCCAAAAACGACGUGCCGUUGAUUGACGUGACGCAGCACGGGUACUUCAAGAUUUUGGGUAAGGGGAAGCUGCCGGCGGACCGGCCUGUGGUGGUGAAGGCUAAGCUUAUUUCGAAGGUUGCGGAGAAGAAGAUCAAGGAGGCCGGCGGCGCUGUGGUUCUCACCGCCUUAGGUUUUUUUUUUUUGCUUGCUUUAGAUUUAUGUGGAUUUUGUGGUUUAUACUUUUAUAAAAUAAUUGGGAUUUUAGUUAAUUUUAUGCAUUCUUGGUUGAUUUUGGAAAAUUGAGUUGGAUUUUUGUGAUGCUUGCCUAAUGUUCUUCGAAUUUGAUGACAUUUUCGAUUCAUGAAUUACAGUUGGAUUCAGUUUUUGGAAUUACUUAGUUACUAUAUACUAAAGCAAGCAGGCAGUGAAUGGUAUAAUAGAGCCCCGAGAUGAGCUGUUUUCUACUAGAGUACCGAUUUUGCUUACUGUGAUAUAUAUGCACCUUUGAUUUGUGGAAAUACAUUCAAGUUGCAGUACUAUUCAGAACUUUGCUUUUGAUUCAUGAUCUUUUCCUUGUAGUUUCCUCUGUUUAAUGAAUCUGUUCCCGUUUGGAUUUCUGAUCUAUGAA